AAACCCUCAGACCCUGUCCGUCCUGUUCAUAACUCCGGUGUGCCAACUGACACUGCGUCCGCAUACCAGCGUGUGACGUCCCUCUGUAGGUCGCGAGAGAAUAACGGUCGUUGAAAGAGACAGAAUGACGAUGUUCCUGUCCUUCGUCCUCUGGAUGCUGCUCUGCUGCUGCUGGACCACACGAGCAGAGAUAUACACCUCCAUCAGCCAGAUGACCGACCUGAUCUACACAGAAAAAGAGUUGGUCCAGUCUCUGAGGGAUUACAUUAAAGCAGAGGAGUCCAAGCUUGAUGCUGUCAAAAGCUGGGCCAACAAACUGGACGCUCUGACCAGAGCGUCCACCUCCGACCCAGAGGGCUACCUGGCCCACCCAGUGAACGCCUACAAGCUGAUGAAGAGACUCAACACAGAGUGGUCGGAACUGGAGACUCUGGUGCUGCAGAACCCCUCUGAUGGGUUCAUUUCCAACAUGUCCAUACACAGACAGUUCUUCCCAGAUGAAGAGGAUGAGACGGGUGCAGCCAAGGCGCUGAUGCGUCUUCAGGACACGUACCAACUGGAUUCUGAGGCCUUCUCCACAGGAAAGCUGCCAGGUAUGCACUCCAACAUCUUACUGACGGUGGACGACUGCUUCGAUAUGGGGAAGACGGCUUACAAUGACGCAGACUAUUACCACGCCGUGCUGUGGAUGCAGCAGGCCCUGAAGCAGCUGGAUGGCGGGGAGGAGUCCGUGGCUACCAAGGCGGACAUUUUGGAUUACCUCAGCUACUCCGUCUACCAGAUGGGAGACCUGCCCCGAGCCAUCGAGCUGACACGGCGGCUGGUGGCUAUCUCCCCCGGCCACCAGAGAGCAGGAGGAAACCUGCGUUACUUCGAGCGGUUACUGUCGAAGGAGCUCAACGAGCAGAACCAGGACUACCAGCCGGCCUCCGAGGAGCCCAUCCUGCUGGGAACCUACCGCAGACCUAAAGACCACCUCCCAGAGAGAGAGAAAUACGAGGCCCUCUGCAGAGGAGAGGGGCUCCAAAUGAACGACGCACGACGAAGCCGCUUGUUCUGUCGCUACCAGGACGGGAAGAGGAACCCUCGUCUGCUGCUGAAGCCCAUGAAGGAGGAGGAUGAGUGGGACAGUCCUCACAUCGUACGCUACCUGGAGGUGUUGUCACACCAGGAGACUGAGAAGAUCAAGGAGCUGGCUAAACCCAGGCUCGCCAGAGCAACAGUCCGUGACCCCAAAACAGGCGUCCUGACCACAGCCAACUACAGAGUAUCCAAAAGUGCCUGGUUGGAAGAAGUGGACGACCCGGUCAUUGUCAGAGUCAACCAGAGAAUAGAAGACAUCACAGGCCUCGAGGUCGACACUGCAGAGUUACUACAGGUGGCUAACUACGGAGUUGGAGGACAGUACGAGCCACAUUACGACUUCUCACGGCGUCCUUUUGACAACAACCAUGACGGAAAUAGACUCGCUACCUUCCUAAACUACAAAGAUGAGCCUGAUGCUUUCAAAAGAUUAGGCACUGGAAAUCGUGUGGCGACUUUUUUGAACUACAUGAGUGAUGUGGAGGCAGGAGGUGCCACCGUCUUCCCCGACUUUGGAGCAGCAAUCAAGCCCAGAAAGGGGACGGCGGUGUUCUGGUACAAUCUGUUCAAGAGCGGGGAGGGAGACUAUCGGACCAGACACGCAGCCUGUCCCGUCUUAGUCGGGAGUAAAUGGGUGUCAAACAAGUGGAUUCACGAGCGUGGACAAGAGUUCAGGAGACCAUGUGGCUUAAGAGAAGUGGACUGAAGUUUGAACCACACCUACCGAACAGCGAAGCACACACACAUAUGUAUUCCGUUCUGCACAACGUGAUUGUUUGAUGUCUUUAUUUGCACAAAAAAAUUCGAGUGUAGCUUUUUCGCAUAUCAUUUACGUUUUAUGUUGACGUUCAAAUUAAUUGCACAAAAGAAUGCUGUCAGUGUGCGUUCGAGGGGCGGAGCUUAGCAAAGGGUCAAUUAAGAUAAGAAUUCAACAAAAAUGUUCCGUAUAUAGAACUAACUAAAACGCAGCUUUAUCAGUCUCAUUUUACAGUCUUUCAAAUCUAAUUUAAGUAACCGGUCGACCCAAAUGUGUGAGUCCAUCUUUUUUUCCACUGAUACCAAAAAAAUACUUGUGUGUUUUUGGUCACAUUCCCCAAAACUGCUCCACUCAGCAGAAGCGUUUUUUCAGCUUUUCAAAGUAAAAUAGUUAGUGUUGGUGGUCAUACAGAUAAGCCCUUAUUUAAUUUAGCUAAUAUCUUAUCUGUUUAAAACACCAAAACAUACAGAAAGUGUGACAAAAACCUCUACAAAAUAGUAUCAGAGCAGGUCACAUAUACAUAUCUUUAAGAGAGAAUAUAUACAUUUAACAUUUCUGAAUAAGAAGCAGCUACAGAAAGAAGAAAAAGUUCUAUUAUUUUGAAAAAUUACUUUUGGUGAUUCGAACUCAGUAUUUAGAGGUUAAUUUGGGAAACAGCUGUUGGUUGCCAUCAGUCUUUCAGACACAAAUUGACUUUACUGUAUCUUCAUCGCUAACAACUUUGUGUUUAAACUAUUUAAAUACUCCUGUCACAUCAUUCUUUGUUCUUUGCAUCCAAAGUGUUUUUAUUUCCUUCAAACCUGACAGAAAAACAUAUUUCCUCCAAAUCUUGUCCAUGUUGUUUUUAUUUAUAUAGUAUUUAAAUUAUUACUGUUAUUUCACAUUUUGUGCUCUUUCUACAAGAUAGCAAACACUUUAAUAAACAGUGUCUUUCAUGAAAAAA